AUGCUCCGCCGCUCGAUCAAAAAGUCCACCUCUUCAAUGCACUCGGCUUCUGACAAGUCUGGCGUAUCAGAUCAUCUCACUAUAGAUGGGGAGUUCCCUCUUGCCAUACUCAAGGUUCAAAUAUUAGGUUGUACAAACUUACCCGCUGCCGAUCUUAACGGCAAGAGUGACCCAUACGUAUCGCUCGAGUUUGGCGGGAGGAAAGUCAAGACCACCGUCAUUAAGAACCAGCUCAAUCCACGAUGGCCCGCUAAAGAUGCAACGUUCGAGUUUCCUAUUUACUCGAGCGCUAUCAAGAGAACAGGCGCUUUUUUCAACAUGGUCGUUUGGGAUAAGGAUAUGAUUGGAAAAGAUUACCUCGGAGAGUUGUCACUUCAGCCUACCCAGUGGUUCAAGCCGAAGGGCGAUAAUGGUACGACGACCGUUCUUUCCUUCUCCGAUCCUUCAAACUACCCGCUUAAUUUUCCGCUUGCAAACGUCAGAUCUCGCAAACCCCGUCCUAAUGACCCGAAACCAGACGGUCCACCCUCCAUUCAAGUAAAACUGGGUCUUCUUCUCCCUUCUCAUGCUUCACCCUCUGCCGCUUCCGCAGGCACUCCUACCACCACCGCCACCACCGCCACCACCACCACAACGACAACAGAUCUUACCACAGCUUUCGAGUCCAUCCUCACCCAAAUCCAGAGCGAUGCUCAAUCAGAAAAUGAACACAUUUUCGCCAGACCGCCUACGCAAGGCUUUGGAACGAUCCGUUCGUUGACAAAGAGACUUUCUAGACACGGAAGUGGGAAUUGGAGCGCAGGCGGAGGAGCGACGACGUCCGAUUCUGCACUUUCGGAUGCAAGUCCUCAGUCAAGUCCUAUCAGUCGUCGUGUGAGGAACGUGUCGAGUUUUGGAAGACCUAAGAGCUCUAGUGGGAGUUUGAACAGCGGUAGUAAGACUUUGGUGGCUGGUGCGGCGGUGAAGAAGAAGAAGAAGAGACAGGAGUUUAGGAUUAAUUGGGGAGGGACGAUGAUCGAUUAUGAUUUCUCGAGUAAGAAGGCUGUUGUGGGGAUUUUGAUGUUGGAGGUUAAGAAGGCGGUUGAUUUGCCAAAGGUUAAGAAUUUCCUUCGGACGGGAUGGGAAAUGGAUCCCUUCGUGGUCAUUACGCACGAUUCGAACGUUUACAGAACCAAAGUCGUCCGACACGACCUUAACCCUACCUUUAACGAUAAGUUCAUCCUCUUCGUCAAACGAGCCCCCGCUUCCUCCCCUACGGAGAUCAACUUAUAUACGCCUCUUCCUUCUUCCAAACGUGUCACUUUCCAAAUAUCGGACUGGGAACGACGACAAUCUAAGGAUCAGAAGUUGGCGGAAGGAACGUUGGAUAUAAGUGAGCUCAUUGAGAAAGCUCCCAAGGCGGAUGAGGAGACGGGCUUGUUCAACGAGGAGGCGAUGAGGCUGCACCUGCCUGAGGAGAAGGACGUUUGGUUGGAGUUGGCGGAUGGCGGGAGGUGGGAAGCGGCAAGCGAGAAAGAGAAAAGCAAGGGGAAGGGGAAGGGAGCUGGUGGAGCUGGUGGGAGUGGGGAGAGGAGGAAAGUGAAAGUUACGAUCAGCGUCAAGUAUGACCCUCAUGGAGCUCUGAGGCAGCGAUUCUGGAGGCAUCACUUGAAGGACUACGAUCUUGAUCACUCUGGUCAGUACUCAUACGCUGAAUUUUCUGAUAUCCUCGAGAAACUGGGUUUGGACGCUACGCCCGCACAAUUGCAAGAAUUUUGGAAGAAGUGCGAUAAGAAUCCAGAGUCGGACGAGUUGACGAUCGAGGAGGCGAUGAGGUGCCUUGAAGGGGAGUUUGGAACCAAAAGGGAAGUCUUGGAUGAGGCUAAAGGCGAGGAUGGAGACCAGGAGGAUGAAGAGGAAGUCGAGGCUGCCUUGUUGGAGACUGUCAAGGAGAUGGAAGGCGGUGCAGGGGAAGACGAGGAAGGGGGAGCGGUAAGGAGGCGUUCAACGGAGGAAGGUGGUCACCGAGGCGCAACAACGAGCAUGUUUGGACAUUCGAGGGAGUCGAUGUACGAUCUUGAGGCUGAGCUUAGGGAGAUUUUCCUUAAGCACCCUCUUGUUUUCGAGGAUGAGGAUGGGUCUCGCCAAACGGAGGGAGGUGAACGAGCUGAGGAGGAGGUGGGAGUGGAAGGGAAGAAGGCGAUAUUGCACCCUCUGGUCCCGGCCAAAGCGAUACCCGACAUACUCGCUACAUAUUCGGAACGGCACGAUGGACUGACGUUCUUGAAGGAUGACGAGGAGAGAGAGUUGAGGAAGUUGUUGAACGAACUGGGUGAAGGGACCAGCAUCGGACCGGAGUCUUUAAUGACGUUCAUUGCAAGGGCUACGGGCGUUGAGGAAAGCGAGGGAGAUGGUGGUGCUAGUGAUGGGGGGAAGGUCGGAGAGGGAGAACGGGUGGAGUUCCCAAGCACAUCGGAGGACAUUCCUCACCCGGCUGGUCUUGAGUCUGCGCAAGAGUUCAUAGAGCCCGUCAUUUCUGCCGAGGCGAGCAGAAGUAGAAGCACCACCGCCGAAAGUUCUGCCACUCCUCUCCCUUCGACUCCGAAGACGUCGUCGGUACUUGAUGCUAGACAGAGGAGCACACCAUUGGAGGCUACUGCCCCUAGUAGUUGGCAUUCAAGACCUAUUCCGGCCUAUAAGAAACGUAGGAGUUCAGGUAGUGUGGGGAGCGUUGGAAGGGCUGGUAGUGAUACCGAGGAUCCCACGGUUCCUGAGCUUCUGGGGGGACAUCGUGUACGCGGGCAAUCGAAUCCUACGUCUCCCCCUCAACGACUUCCACCAUUUACUUUCCCCUCGUCCCCUCCACGAUUGGGUCGAUCGGCGCCUAGCUCUCCUCCCUUUCCUCAUGCCGGAUCUCAAUCUGUACCUUCCCUUCCUCUUUCACCUACGAGGGGUGGAUUUAAGAGUCUUAGGAGGCAGUCUACGGAUCGUCAAGCGGGACUUGGGGUUGGGACAGGAGUAGGGUCUUCUCCUGAGUUGAUUAACAUGCCUGUUCCUAGAGUUCUGCGUAGGGGUCCUGAGGAAGGUGAGAAAGGGGAGGAGAGCAGGAAGGGGACGACGGAAACUCUGCCAUCUUCUAUGAGUUCUUCCGCUUAUACCGACGACACUCUCGGAGACGAUCGUCAUCAUCAUCAUCAUCAUCAUCACGACCACGACUGCGACUGCGAACACGAACACGAUCCAGAGGAGGUCGGAACGGAACGAACGUCACUCUACUCUGUCUCGACUGAUCCUCAUCAUCAUCAUGAACACGAACGAGUGGAGGAAUUGGAAAAGAUUCAGCAGGAACAGCUGAAGAAGUUGGCAGAGUUGCAGACCAAGUUGGAGGAGAAGAUGACCGAGCAUGAGAAGGAGAUGGAGGAUCUAAGUAAUCAGAAGGAGGAUAUUGAGGCUGAGCUUGCAGCAUCGAGACAGAAUGAGAAGGAGUUGAGGGCUAAGGAUCUCUUGACGUCGAAGCAGUUGAUCACGCUCGAAGCUGAGGUGUCGAGACUUCAGGCUGCGCUUGAUGAAUCUAAGACGGCUUAUCAAAAUCUUCAGAAGCAAUACCAAGAACAGAACAAGGGACAAUCUGGGCUUAUUCCUUUGUUUUUCCUAGUUGAAGCUGAAAAGUAUCGCGCAAAGAUUACUCGUAAGGAACUUGAGAUGAAGGAUUCUGAAGCCUACCUUGCCCACACCAUCGCUGAUGCCGAGAAAUGGAAGAAUUCUGCGGAAGUAGCACAACAGAUGAUAGCUUCGCUCACAGCAGAGCUCGAAGCCGUCCGCAAUGCGGCCCAAGCACUCGAUGCACAGAAACAAGAGAACAUUUCUCUCAAGGAGACCAUUGAUCGCCUUCGCCUCGACCUCGAUGAAUUACGAAACGCAAAGUCUGCCUCCAGCAAUGGUAUCAGCCGGAAUGGCACCAUUUCUGGUAGUCUUGCUCUGGAGAUGUCAGGUCUUCACCCAGGACAGGAUGGAGAAGAGGGGGAUCCGAGUUCGGAGGAUGGAACUGUUGUGGGGCAUGAGUAUGGUGACGAAGGCGUGGUUCAGACUGUCGUCACUCGUAAAAAACUGGCCAAAAUUCCGGACGGCGAAGAACAGACUACGGAAGUCAAAGCGUACUCUGAAGCCUUUGCUCAGCAUACUGCCUCCGACUUUGCUCUAAGUGAAUCGUCUCAGACCGAACCAGAGCCUGUUCCUGUUACGCAAUCCAUUGUCAUUCAAACUGAAGCCAAGAAACUUCCAGAAGCUCAAGCGGCCCAGCCAUCGGAGCCAAGUCCGCCACCACCAUCUUAUCACCUUCUGGAGGAGGAACGCGAGAAAAUUGGGACGGAGGAACUUGCCAGAUGGCACUCUGGGAUUCACUCGCUUGAUCCUCUGCCAGGUGGGAUCUCAAGUGACGCUGUGGAGGAGUGGAAUCAUGUCAAAGACGAACUGGGUGUUACAUGCCGUGCCAUCGACGAGAUCGUUGAGAGGAGCGAGGUUCGUGGGCCCCGGGCCGUUCGGGAGAGAGAGCGUGUCCCGGCUGAGCCUGAGCAAUCAUUCUUCACCGGAUUGCGUGGGUCGAUGGGUGUGCUGGUUGGAGCGACGAUCUUUGGAUUGAUCGUAUUUUCCACAGGACGCGCGUUGCACCCAGGAGGUCUUACACGCGAUCAGAGAUUGUGGGCUAUUUACAAUGACGUUGCUCGUGCUGGUCUCAUGGAUGGGUGGCUUACUCACGCGGCUGUCGCACCUGCUUGGGCGGUCCUUCGUGGGCUUAAUCCUGCUGAAGCACGUCUCGGUUGGGUACCAACCUAA